GGCCUAUAGUGUGGGGGACAUUUCUUCAUGCUAAUAAUUCUGUUAUUAUUUGCUUGAUUUGGUGACAAGGCGAAAUAGAAGGUACGCAGCCGGCGUCCGGAUUUUGUGAAUUUCAUACACAGUUUCGCUUUAGUUUCUCUGUCCUCCUGGUCAACGGUUUCUGGAAAGCGUGCUUGACAUCUAGGGAUCCACCAGACCAUCUGCAGCGAUGGAGGCUCUCACUGCUCAUCUGAGUGAGAUCCGCUGCCCCACGGCCACCGACAAGGUGUACAAGGACCAGUGUAUCUACUCGUUUGACACACCCGAGUCGCCGGAGGGCCUGUACGUGUGCCUGCGCUCGUUUCUCGGAGUCGGUCGCCAACGUGUGGAGGAGUUCAGCCAGAGGACCGGAUCACGUGUGUUCCUACACAUGCGGAGGGAGCGGAAGGUGCAGCCGGUCGACCCCACCGCGGCUGAAGAACCUGAAAAGAAAGUCACCCGCCUGGCGAUCGGAGUGGAGGGAGGGUUCAGCGGCGAGGAGCGUCCGGCGGAGUAUGAGGAGCAUAACACACUGGUGGUGCUUCCCGGAUGGCAGACGAUACCUCUGUCCAGUGAAGAGCUCCCGGCGCAGGCCCGUAAUGCCGUGGCAGCAGUAAUAGCGGCUGAUUCAGCAGGUCGCCGGGAGGAGCUCGCUCAGGCGACGGGUACGUGGGACGGAGAGGUGCGUAUGGUUUCAAAACACGCCGAGACACUGCAGCAGCUGGAUAACGGCGUCAAAGUGCCUCCCCGAGGCUGGCAGUGCGCGCAGUGUGAUAAAACGGACAACCUGUGGCUGAACCUGACCGAUGGAGCCAUCCUCUGCGGGCGAAAGUUCUUCGAUGGAAGCGGAGGCAACAACCACGCUGUCGAAUACUAUAAGCUGACUGGAUACCCACUGGCGGUGAAGCUCGGAACGAUCAGCGCCGAUGGCAAGGCUGAUGUGUUCUCAUACGAUGAAGACGACAUGGUUCUGGAUCCAUUGCUCGGAAAACAUCUGGCCCACUUUGGCAUCAACAUUCAGGCUAUGGAGAAGACUGACAAAUCGAUGGUCGAACUGGAGAUUGAGAUGAACAAGAAGAUUGGAGAAUGGGCUACCAUUCAAGAGGAGGGUCAGGACCUCAAACCGCUCUUUGGGCCAGGCUACACCGGACUGAAAAACCUCGGCAACUCUUGUUACUUGAACAGCGCAAUGCAAGUGAUGUUUACCGUGCCGGACUUCGUAAAACGGUACUAUCAGGGUGCAGAGACGACGUUUUACUCACUCGAGCCGGCGCGUGUGCCCGACGAUUUCGACGCGCAGAUGUGUAAACUGGCACAGGGUUUGUUAUCGGGAAAGUACUCGCGACAGCCGGAGGAUCCAGCAGAGGCCGCCAAGGGCCAGCCAGGGAUUGAGCCGUUCACUUUCAAGAACGUGGUUGGACGCGGUCAUCCGGAGUUCUCGGGAAAGCGGCAGCAAGAUGCGCAGGAGUUUAUUCUCCAUCUCAUCAACAUGGUGUCGCGUAGCAGUCGACAUCGCGAUGAUCCGACAGACGCGUUCAAGUUCCGAGUGGAAGAGCGAAUUGAGUGCACGGGAUCCCACAAGGUGAAGUAUUCGGACCGCACUGAAUACUUUUUGUCCCUGCAGAUCCCUAUGGAGGCAGCCACGAACAAGGAAGCAGUGCACGAGUAUGAGGCACGUAAGGCAGCUGCCGCGCCCGGCGACGACAUCGGUCCCGUGGUGCGCGCUCGUGUACCGUUUGAGGCACUCCUAGAGGCUUUCAGGGAGCCACGGCGUGUCGAGCAGUUCUACUCGACAGCCCUGGACGCCAAGACGGUCGCUCUACAGACCUCCCGCCUUGGCACGUUCCCCGAGUUCCUACUAGUUCAGCUACAGCGCUUCACUGUCGGGGAUGACUGGCUACCCAAGAAGCUGGACGUGUCUAUCCCCGUCCCGGACGAGCUCGAUCUCAGCUCACUGCGUGGUUCGGGUCUCCAGCCUGGUGAGCAGGAGCUACCGGAGCCGGCCGGUGACCGCGCCGCCGCCGCCGCCGCGCCCCAGCUCGACGCAGCAGUCAUCAGCCAGCUCACCGAGAUGGGCUUCCCGGAGGAGGCGUGCAAACGUGCCGUGUACACCACGCAAAAUUCGGGCGUCGAGGCGGCCAUGGCGUGGAUCAUGGAGCAUAUGACUGAUGCAGACUUUGCUGCGCCAUUCACCGUCCCCGGCACGGCCCCUGCCGGGGAUUCAACCUUCACUGCCGACCCCGACUCAGUAGCGCUCAUUGUCAGCAUGGGCUUCACCCCGGCUCAGGCUGAACGCGCGCUGAAGGAGACCAACAACAGCGUGGAGCGGGCGGCCGACUGGAUCUUCAGUCACCCUGCCGAGCUGAAUGAUGAGCCAACACCUGCCGCAGCGGCGGACGGCUACCGAGACGGCCCCGGUAAGUACCAACUGGUCGCCUUCAUUUCCCACAUGGGUACCAGCACCAUGGUGGGUCACUAUGUCUGCCACGUGCUUAAGGACGGACGGUGGUGUAUCUUCAACGAUGAGAAAGUCGCGGAGAGUAGGCAACCACCUCGCGAGCUCGCCUAUCUUUAUCUGUACCGACGGUGCCAGUAACGCUUGAGGCGAUAUCAGACGUUGGGCGGAGUUGUGAGGGUCGGUGUGACGCACGCACGCGCUGGCCCCAGACUGACCGAGAGGAUCGUGAUGUGACGUGACGCGCCGUGUAACGCGCCAUGAUGGACUGUGCCGCGAGCUACCAGCCGUGACGUGACGUGUGGUGGUGUAGGACAGUAACCACUGUGACAACUCAGUUGGUUCGACUGCGCUCCGGAUCGUGAACUGAUCGGGACAGCUGACAUGCCAGUGAUCGAAAGCAGCCCGCUGUUUGUUCCUUCACCUGAGUCAGACCCUGUUGCGCCGAGCCUUUAGGCAUUGAGCCAUAAUGCGCUUAGCUGUAACAAUUCGAGCCGUGAUGCGUUAAACCGUGACUUAUUGACAGUAAUUGAUUGAACGGUUAACGGCAGAAGCGUCGUAUGCACCUGGAGAAUUGCAGCGCAUAGGUCAACGGCCGAUGACUUGCAGCCGAUAGCUGUGGCUUAAAGCGUACCGCCACUGCCUAGCCUCAACCUCAAACAAGCUCCAGUCUGCACUCUGCGCUGUAUGUUUUGUCAGUCCAGUACGACACGCAUCUAACGCACGUCUGCUUUUCUUCCCCCAUGCCUGUCUAAAGGCUCGGACACCUCACAGGACAUUGCGUUUGCGUCGGGGCGUAAUAGUCGCGUAACAGUGACAGUCUGUACUCUGUUGGCCACAUCGGAGGAUGACAGUUGCGUUACAGUGCUGACAGUGACAGUCUUGCAGCCCCAUAACCGCGUGACAGUGCUGACAGUGACAGUCUGAAGUCCCCCUGUCAAAGUGACGGCCGUGUUUCAGAACGCCUUGGGCUUCAAGCCUCGCGGUUAGCGUCAUAGCCGCCUUAAUUUGGUCUCUAAUUAGGUGAGUGAGAUGUGUUUCAAGACAAUAUGGCCUUGUGAAAGCUAAAUACAUUUGUUUGAUGCA